CGGAUUGGGUACAAGGUCGCAUCUAUUGCUGACGAUAUGUUAAGAAACACACCUAAUGUUUAUGUUUAUUAUAAGCUGAUUUCUUAAAUAAAAGGAAUUUUCGUUCAGUAGAAGUCCUCUAAAAUAUAUCUAUCUCUAUAAAAUCAAGAAUAACCUAAAUCAGAAUAAAAGUUUAACCCACUACCCUUCCAAUUGGAUGAAGUACAUAGAUGGAUUUUCGCCAACGUAAUAAGAAAUAUCUAUAGUCAUAUUGCUCCAAUUUAGCAACUACCAAACUGUAGCACCGACUAAUAACACAUCGCGAGAAUAACCUGGCUUAUUAGCUAACUUGAUGCACUACGCAAUCAACAUGGAGGGGUCCUUCUGCAUAGCUAACAGUUUGUGCCGAGCAUGCCUUAAAGAGAUACAUUUAACCAAUGAUGAAUGCUUGCACAUCUUCGAAACACCGGAACUUGCAAGAAAAUUCGCGGCUUGCAUUUCAUCAGAAAUGUAUCCAAGCGAAAAAUAUUCUCAAUAUCUAUGUACAUGUUGCUGCCAGAAAGUCAUCGAUUUUUUCAACUUUCAAGAAAUGUGUUAUGCAUCCUUGCGUCGCUUCGAAGAACUGCAGCAGUUUCAGGAGAUAUGUGGCUUUGAAGAUGAAAUUCCUAUAUCAGUUGGGUAUGGACAGACUAGUUACUCCAUUACGGUAGAUGAAGCUAAUUUUAUGGCGGAUAAUGAUGCAGAAAUUAAACUCGCACCAAAAAGUGUUCAUAUUACUGUAGAAGAAGAUACCAAAAUAAUUAGUGAUUCGAAUCGAAAUGUUUCUAGCAGACCAAGAACACCUGACCAAUUAGCGCAAAAUAUUAAUAAAGAACAUGCGCUGGUUUCGGACGGAGAUACCUUAGACUGUGAUGUUUUAAAUGAUAGCUUCAGAAAUAAUUCAUCAUUUAAUGAAUAUAAAAAUGCUUUUCAAACUGAUGUUAACACAGGAAGGAAGGAGAAGAAAAAACUAAGUCAUGUCAAGUCAGCCGUUUCGAAAACUAGUGGCGAAACUAAGAAAAGCACUGUUUAUCUAUGUGAUAUUUGCCCCUCACGUUUCAUUGUGGAACACAAACUUAUUGCCCAUAAACGUAAACAUGAAGGCCUUAUACCAUAUCCCUGUCCUCGUAAAGAUUGCAGUAAAUCAUUCAUGCGUUGGCAAAGCCUUUCUCAACAUCUUAAUCAACAUGAAGGGCAGAGUAUGGAAUACGCUUGCGAUCAAGAUGGUUGUGGCAAAGUGUAUAAACACAGAACAACACUGGUCUUGCAUCAGCGAAAAUGCCAUAAAUUGGAACCUGAAUUGAAAACACAAGUUUGUGAGAUUUGCGGUAAACUUAAAACGACAUCAAAAUUAAAUGAUCACCGCUAUACACAUAAGGACCAAUCUGAGCGUCCACAUGCGUGUGAUCAGCCCAACUGCAUGCGUCGAUUUUCGAAUAAACAACAAUUAAAAAUACAUCUCAUGCGUCAUGCUGGUAUUAAAAACUAUGAGUGCCCACAUUGUGGUAUGCGUAAAACAACGAAAAACGAAUUGAAUGCACACAUAAACUAUCAUACGCUAAAGCGCACGUGGGCCUGUCUUUUUUGUACAAAGGUUUGCAACAAUGCUGGCAAUUUAAGAACGCAUGUGCGCACUGUACAUGAGCGUGCUAAAGAUUAUGCAUGUCACUAUUGUGAUCUUAGCUUCGCCAAGCCCGAUACACUUAAAUAUCAUGAAAUGAGACAUACGGGGGAGAAGCCGAAUGUAUGCCACGAGUGUGGCAAGCGGUUUACACAACCAGCAGCAUUGCGUAACCAUAUGAAAACACAUCAAAAGCAGCCUAAGCGCAAUAAAACGUCGAAGAAAUUUGCAAGAAAUGAGGUGAUGGUAAACCAUCCAGAACGGAAAGUCAAUGGUGGUAGUUUAUGUACAACACUCAAAAUUGAAGUAGACAAUACUCAAGAUUUGCUGAUUGAACCCGUUGUAUAAGGUCGGUGUUAUGCAGAAAUUUUGCAUAAAAAACCACAAUCAACGUGCAACUCUAUGACAAACUUGGUGUAACCCCCUCAGAGCAAACUAAGCAGCCGCCAUUUAAUUUGCCAAACAAAAGUUUGUCUGCACAGCAUCGACCUAAGAUGAGUUGUCUGAUGAUUAAAUUGUAAGAGCCGAGUUUUUCUUAAUAAAAUUUCAUUUUAUUUUCUUAAAAAAUGAUAAACUAUAUUUUAUACACAAGUUUUGCUUUAUACAUUACAUAGAAUUUAACUUAAGAACAAAUAUUUGAAGAUUAGAAUUACGAGGAAAUUAUCAUAGUGGAUAGAGCAAAGUGGCAUAAUACAAUACUUAAAUUCUAAAGCUAAGGAUAUACCAGGGUAGCCAACUCAUUUUUGAGAAUUACCCGAUUUCGCUCGAAAUUUCGUAAAAUUCACCACACAUAGAUAUCACCUUAUUAAAAAAAAAUUGACUUCUGAUAUGUUGCUGGUCUUUCUGUUUUUCUAAAUGUAAUUUGUCUAUGUACUCAUAAAUAAAACCAAACUUUUGUAAAGUUAGUUAAAAAAUAAAGAAUAAAAAUGUACAUGUAAUACUUACAUUC